AUGCUCGGAGCACAAAAUAGGGCUGUCGACUGCGAAAUGGAUUACGCGACGUACGCUAAGAAUGAUUUUCUCAAACUGGUGCCGAUCGCACCGGCACCAGGGCGGAAAUACGUGUCCGGCUUAGAAGAGGUCGAUGCGUACGCGAGGUACAAUUACAAAGGCGCCGGCGUAGGCGCUCAAGCGGCAUCGAUCGCGAGGAGGAACGCGCGCGAGAGGAACCGCGUGAAACAAGUGAAUGAUGGAUUCAACGCAUUAAGGAAGCGGUUGCCGGCUGCGGUAGUGGCGGCCCUAUCGGGCGGCGCGCGCAGGGGCUCCGGCAAAAAGCUCAGUAAAGUGGACACGCUGAGGAUGGUCGUCGAAUACAUAAAGUAUCUGCAGGGUCUGAUCGACGACGGCGACGCGGCGUCGGUCGUUGACACCGCGAAAUCUCCGCCUGCCUAUGAGGAUGAGGGUGUAGUCGGGGAUAGCUCACCGUACUCGGAGUCCGUUCCAUCGCCGGUGACUUCUGAAUGCUCGUCUGGUGUAUCCUCGGAAUACUCACCCGGCGAUUGUUACACGAGUUGUUGCAUAAAUGAAGACCUAAUUUACCCCAGCGAAGAGCUUGCUACUCGAAUGGAUGACACAGAGCUGCUCGAUGCGAUUGCUUGGUGGCAGCAGAAA